AUGGCAGCUUGGUGGCAGUGGGUGAGUUUAUCUUUAUCUUUCAGUCUCUUUUUUUUUUUACAUCCAUACUUCUCAUUUACUUCUACCUCUACACUGUAAUUCCCUCUCCCAUUCUCUUUUAUGUACAUCUAAAAAAAGUAGACCCUACUUUAUUGGGUGUAUAUAUCCUCCUAUAAACCUGGAAGCAUACAUUUGUUGGUCAUAAAUAUUCACUUUCAUUGGGUGUACCAAAAGGAGAAAAAAAAAUCAGAACUUUUUAAAAUCUUUAAAAUAGGUCUACUGUUUCACUAUUGGCUAUUUUCUCCAGAUUGCUCCCACGACAUUAAAAGUACAAAGUUUUAACGUUUUAAAAAAGCAAAGUUCGCUCUCUUCUUGAUCGGUUCUUGGCAUUCCUGUGUCUCACUGUAACCUUGAGGAAAAAAAGAGGACUCUCAGAGUCAGUAUCAGCCUUUUUAAGACUUUUCUGCAGUGGAUUAUUGGAAGAAUAAGUAUCAACACCAAAACAAAUGCCAAUUCUUCUCGCCAUAGAUUAAUACUAAUGAUUCAUGCACUUUUAAAUUAAACCUUUAAUGACUUUGUGGAAAAAUUAUGAAAAAGUUUAAAUAGGUAUCUAAGAAUGAUAGUUUGGAAAUCUAAAAUAUUUUAUUUCUUUGAUUUUUUUCUAUGUCAUGCUUACACAUGAUGUUGCUUUUUUUUCUCACUUGAAAAAUAAGAGUCCUAAAACUUUGAGCCUUAAACUGUGUUGAUACAUCAGUAAGAGACUUGGUAAAAUGUUGUCAGCCCCUGGAUCCUCUAAAUGGCAUGGCAAACUGCCCCGGUUACCAUGGCUCUGAGGGGGUUUGAGAGCACAUUAAUCUUCAGGAUUUAGGUUUCUUUCUCCUCUUUUUUUCUGUUUUUCUUUUUUCAAAAAGACACAGAACCGCUCAGACGUUCUUUAGGAAGCUGAUUUAUGAUGUUCAAUAUCUGCGUGUGUAGAUCACGGGUAACAGCUCUGGUACAAGGUAACCCUUGUUUGCUGAGCGUGUAAGAAGGAAAGAUCAUGCAUAAAGUAGGGCUUAAUCUCAGCAAAGUGAAGGAAUGUGUGCUGUUUUGCGUUUGGAUUUUAAUUCACUUCCAUAUUUCGAUCUAGAUUUUGUGAAAACAACAAUAUGCUGUGUUAUUAACAUGUUAAUAGUGGCAGAGAUUGAGAUUUAUCGCUUAAUGAAGAUUAAAUGUCUUGGAAAAGCUUUGGCAUCAAAAGGUGUAUUAAUUUGCUAAAACUGCCACAUUUUGGCACCCAACCAGCCCUUUGUUAAUUGUGCAAUCUGGACCCAGUGGAUGAUGUCUGCAGAGAGCCUGUCCUGAGUAAAUGGAGCUCUCUGUGGCCACACAUUUUACCUUUGAUAGACAGGCAGCUGAUAAAAAUGAGAUCAUGCAUAAAGAAGAAUCACUCUUGCUGUUGUGCAACUUUUCUGCUGUGAUUUUUUUCCCUUCUUCGUCUUCUGGUCAGACACGGCAGAUUGAUGGUGCUGUGACAGAGUGACAUUGCAUUCUGGGAACUAAGGACUAUGGCCAUAAAUCUGCAGCAGUUCAGCUUUACAAUGGCCUACUGUCUGACCAUCAGAGGGUAGGAGGUUGUUAGUGCAUCACCCUAGUGAGCUGCUAGGGUGCCGCCUUUGUGCUUUCUUUUAAGAGGGAAUUAAGACACCGAGUGAAUUUGUUAGGAUGGUAAUGAAUUAUGAAAAACUAGUGGAAUUAAAAAAAAGUGAAUUGGAAAAUUCCCACACUCCUUAGACAUUGAAGUUCAAUGAUUCCCUUCAAGUGGAUCUGUCAAAUCAGAGCCUCAGCUGUAGCCUUCACCUGUGUGAUGUGUGCAUGAGCAGAAUAGAGCGAGCUUUUUGAAUACAAGUGUGUGUUUUUUGGUUCAAGCUGCAUGCAUUUGUGUGUGCACAAUGAGCGUUUGCAGUGUUGUAUUUUGAUGGGUUAAAAACCAAACUCAGUGAUAAUUCCCAUAAUUCCCAGCAGGAUAUUUGUUGUCUUGGGAUACUGGCUGGAGAGGUCAAAUGUGUUUGGCUGUUUUCUCACUGGGCUGCAUGUAUAAAAAAAUAGUCACAGAGUUUUAUCAUAAUAAACAGCCGGUCACACUGAGUUGAAACUGUGUUUCAAGACGUUAAAAAAAAUGAGAAAAUGACUGUGAAUACUGUUCUCUUCAACACCAAUAAAAGCAAAGAAGACAAGAUUCAGAGCUGCAGUGUUUUGUCGCUUAUCUAUUAUUAUUUUUUAAGAAAACCAGAAUCUCUUCAGGCAGAUAAAACUUGUUUUUAAAGAAAUUCAAGCAGCUUAAACCAAAGCCACCGAUAGACCGUAAUAUUUGCAGAUAUGUGCCAAAUGAAGAGUUCUGCCACUCAGCAAACUGACUCAGCAAAACUGUUGGGACAAUUUCUUUACAGAUUUGAAAGAAAAAAAAAACUUUAUCUGGGGAGGUGUAAUACAAUGCAAUACAUUGUAAUAGGGUGUGAUAGGAUACAAUGUGUUACGAUGAGAUAUGACGAGAUGUGAUGCAAUAUGAUGCGGCAAUACUUCUGGAGCAAAUUGUUCUUUUUAUUUGAAAUUAAAUUGAUGUUUUCGUAUAAAAGUAAUUUCAAGUUGACUCUGAUUCACAGCUGGAGUUGUUAAUUUAGUGAGAUGAUUAUACAUUCAGAUAUUUAAACUGUGUUGUAAUGAGGUGAUUGUCUUGGGUCAGGUGAUAACUAUCAGCACAGGUAAGGUUUUUUUUUUUACAAAUUGUUAUUUGAUAUUUAAUAUGUUUUAGGAGACAGUUAAUUUUCUUAUUUAAUUUGAUUAUGAGCAGAAAUGAAUCAGUUCCAACAAGCCAGCUGCUAAGUUGCAUGUGAACCACUUUUCUGUCUGUUUUUUUUUACACACACGUUUCACUAUUUAGUAAUUUUAUUUUUUCAGUACUGUACAUUCCACAAAGAAUUCUAUUUAUUUCCACCAUAUUGAUGGAAAACGAGGAUGUCUGCAGAGAUAAAAUCUGCAUGGGUGCAGGUCGUGAAAGUGAAUAUAAAAUGAUGCCCGCCCUUUAAAACACAGAAAUGAAAAUGUCAUAGUAGUAUUAUUUCAGUGUUAGAGUAAUAAAUUCCAGUCAUGGUGAUAUCUAACCAACAUUUUCUACAUACUUAAAUAUAUGGUCACAAUAAUCAAGAGGAACAUAUUUUACUCGUGCAUUGGAUGACCACAGAUAUUCUUAUUGGUGAUUUUGGCCCAGUAAUGGCUGCCAUACCUCCACUACCAGCAUUCUCAAAGCUGCAUAUGCUCUCUCUCUCUCUCUCUCUCUCUCUCUCUCUCUCUCUCUCUCUCUCUCUCUCUCUCUCUCUCUCUCUCUCCCACCCUUCCUCAUGAACUGGAGCUGGUGGCAGCUCUACAGUACGUCCUCCUCCUCCUGUGUGAUCAGGCCUGCAGCACUUGUCAUCUCCCUGGUGGCAGCUUAGAUUCUCCAAUUUUUAGGUUAAUUAAUCAAAAAUGAUUUCUUUUCUCAUUAGCCAUGCAGUUGGUUUGCAAUCUGCAAAAUCGAUGUUUUACAGAUGUUUCCCUGGGUUUUGUUUUUCGAGACGGCGCUGAUUUUCAUUGGGUAUAGAUUUAAGAGGGAGCUGAGGGAUUGUGAGUUAACUCAGCCACACACAAUCACACACACGCAGCCACAAACACACUAAAUGCAUAUUACACAAAGUCACAUGCCCAAAUAAAUACCAACAUAAAUUACAGCACACAGAAGACAGAGUCGAAGUCUCAAACUUGGCUCCUUUUGACUUACUUUUAGCACCUGGAAUCUCAGUGAGGAUGUAAUCCGUUUAUCUUACAGGCACGGACAGCGGUUCUGCUCGCUCCCUUAUUCUGGUUCGCCUAUAUCGAGUCAAUCGUUGCCAAACCCAGGGGGUUGAGCCGCACACACACUCUCUCUGGGUAGCACUCUUUAAUCACGUAACAGCUUCUGGUUCUAGUUCCUGUUGGUUGUAAACAAAUGUAAUGUUGCAUUUCCUGCAGUCUAGACAUAACAACAAACCUGGCAGAACCAAAGAGGGGAGAGAUUGUGGUUGUUAAGGAGAGGCUGGCACCAAAGUCGGCACCGAAACAGCGUCUGAGGUAUAGAGGAGGGGACCCUUCAAACAGAGAAGGCCGAGGUGAUUGACACCUUUGUUUUGAAGUAUUGUGUCACUGAGGAUGGUCAAAGUUAUCAUGGGGUGAGUGUAUAUGUUUGUCCAAAGUGGUGUCUCAUUUUUUUUGUUUUCAAGACGUAUCAUCUUUUCUUUGCAUAUGCGAAAGUGUUCGAAAACGGUUCCGAUGUUUGAGUUAUUAACCUUUUUUUCUCCUGCUCUAAAUUCCUUCAUGUAAACUUUUUGGACCCUGGUAUGUGCCAUCUGCUGCACAGUUGUUCCACUCGGUGUAGUCUAUGGUGUGUGUGUGUGUGUUUGUGUGUGUGUUUUGUCCACGUCUGUGUACACCAGUCCCCACCCUCCGUUCCGCUCAACUACACAGGAAAAAGAAGAUGAAGCAGAGGAGCAAAGGAGCCCAAACAGAAAUUAUUAUUGAUUUAAUCACAUAAUCAGCCGCAAACACUUCAGGCCAAGAUAGCAAAUCCAUAAUAGCCUCCCCACAUAACCACCUUUACAAAUUUACCAUCAAAGCCCUGCGUACACACACUGCAAACACGGGGAACCAGGGGUCACCUUCAGUCGCCGGCAAAAUAUUGACGUUCCUAAUGCUUCUAUAUGUUUUUGAGUUAAGCGUUAUCAAUCAACGAUAAGGGCCUUGUGUCUGGAAAACAUAACUCCUAUGGCAGAGGGAUUACAGCAUCGCCUUUCUUGUCAUAAUCUGAGCAUAUCUUUGCAGACAAAGGGAGAGGAUGGUAAAAUCAAUGUUGUCAGAGGCAGACAUUUCCCACUGUGGCUGCUCCGCUCUGUCUUUAGAUUAGAUACAGGAACAGUGGGCUAACCUUUCAGACAUCAAGAUUUCUUCCUGUGAAAGUGCUCCUGUUCAUGCUCAAAAGGAGAAAAAUUGACCCAUUCUGUACUUUCAAAAAAAAACUUCACACCUAUCACAACGCACCUAUCUUGCUUUAAAAUCUUGUUUUUCCAGACAUUAUUGUAAUACGAACAAAGAAGCUUGCAAUAAUUUCAAUACAUGAACAAAAGCCUUUGUGCCUUUUCUUAAUUUGUUCGGCUAAAAUCUUAAUGACACAAAACUUUUUUGUACAAAAGUGUUGAACAAAUGGAAACACAAUGGAUGAUAAUUUGAUUUCAAUAGGGUGGGCUCUGUUUUCAAUUAAUCAAGAUAAAAUAAUCCCUCUGUCUCACUUUUAUUUACAAAUAGUCAUUUUGAGAACAAGAAGACUCUGAGUUUUGUCACCUUGAGAGCAGCUGCAAAGCCUCUGUUCUUGAGAAUGUGAGACUGGGGGCAGGGAGGAACACCUUAUAUCUGUGCGGCAGUCUGACAUGAAACAUUCAAACAGCUUUAAAUGGAGCCUGUCGAUAGCUGUGUUAACAAUUUAUGCACUUGUAAUGUACGGUGUCUGUUGGCAUUCAGCAGGAUUUGAUGUUUUAUGAUUUUUUUUUUCUCUCACGAGGCAGUAAAUGUACAGCAGCGCCGUGUCUCUGACCUAGACUUCAACUCUCAAAACACAAGACUUUUGAUUUUGCAUCAAGAACGACAAACAUUGUAUAUAUAUAUACGUAUAUAUGUGUGUGUGUUUGUGUGUGUGUGUGUGUAUUUUAGUGUCAAAGUCUGCUGUUCCCACUCCCCAAUCUCAGUUUAGUUUGUAUUUAUUUUGUUCUCAAAUCUUUAUUUUCUGCUUGGUUUUGCCAUUUUUUCAGCAAAACUACUCUGUUUAAUCCAGCCAAAAAAAAUGUUUUUCAUAUGCGGUGAAGUUCACCAUUCCCAUACUGUACUGAAGCAGCCUGCUCAUGUCCAAUAAAACCUUUUAACUUUAAAUUAAAGACAGUUUUGAUGCUCUUGCUUGCAGUUAUUUCUUCGGCAUUAUGAAUUACAGCCUGAUAAAUCUACUUAAAAAGAAAUCAUUUUUUCAGCAAGUGAAGACCACCUUUCCUACACCCUGUUCAAGCAGCCUACCUAUACUCAAGAAGGUCGACUUUUUUUGCAAUGAAAUUCAGUUUUGAUGCUUUUUUUUGUUGUUAUUUUUACCUUCAGUAACCAUUGGAUGUGUUUUCUUUUAAGAAUAAAGUUUAUUGUAACCGUCGAGGUCUAUCAUUCCCAAACUCUGUUUUAUUAAGUCUACCUAUAUGCUCUUGAAAGUCUUAAUUUUUUGCAUCUAAACCCAGUUUAGCUACCAGGGGGAGUCAGGAGAAAUGCUGCAGAAUGAUUUUAACAUAGAUCUGUUUUUAACUUGUGCCACUGUUAUAUGUUCCUCUUCAAAUCUACAGUCAGUCUCCUUCUUAAAGGUUUGGUUCAGAGAUGAAGCUUUGUGAGUACAGGUGGAGCUACAAUAGAAAAAGCCAUGGUGUGGUUGAAAACCUGGAUCCUGUAAUCAGAAAACAAUUCAAACCCAAAGAUUUAACAUUUUGAAUAAAAACCCAGUUUCAAGCUGGCCCACCCCUAACGGUCUGCACUAGAAGGAGGAUUAUUUGUGUAAAUUUGUGUACAGACAUUGACUUGGAUUCAGAUAUUAACACUCCCUUAACAUCCAUCUCUGCAGCAAUCUAUCCAUUCAGUUGCCUAUCCUUGUCCAUCUAGCUUGAGGCUAUGGAAGCCUAAUUGUUUACCAAAGGGUUGCGGCUCAUUUGCUCCUGGAGAUUGGGCCUAAUUAACACUAACUUGUCUGAACACCGAGGAGCGCUGUCCACUCCACUUUAAUCUAAUCUGUACUCUUUCAAAAAAUAAUGAGAUCAUUUACACCUCAUUAACGAGCAAUGUAAUGUCUGGGAAUUAAUCAUAAUGAUUGCUUAUCAUUUCACUUUGCAAUAUUAUCUCCUCUAAUGAAACUGUUCACACAACUGCCAAGAGGGCCUUAAUUGGUCGUGUGAAAUCACAGAGCACCCGGCAGCUUGCCGCGACGUGUGUGAAGUUCUAAUUUGCAUGGGUGGGGGGGAUUUGAGAGGAGGGUGCAUGAGGGGAUGGUAUCACUUAGGAACGCACAUGCAAAUUCACUCGCAUUGGCACACAUACACUUGAAAAAGUGUAUAGAAAUGGGGUGGUUUGACUUUAGAAAUGUGCCAUCGUGCUGUAGUACAGUUCAUUUAUCAUGAAAGAAAUGCUUCCAAAGGGGGAAGCCAAAUUGAAUCUCUGUGAAUUUUAACAAUAAAAAUUCCAAUACUUCAAAAUUUUAGGACUCUUCUUCAAGUAAAAUGAAACUCAGUGUUUUCUCUUGAAGUCUGCUGUCCCUCUUUUUGGCAUAAGCCCCAUGCCAGUGGUAGAUGUGUUUAUCCAAGUGUCAUGGCAUCCAGACUGAUCCCGGCUUUGUGCCACCAUGUGAAACCACAGACAUGACAAAACACCCAUCCAAUAUUCCACUUAUUGCAUUGUAACCUCCUAUAGCUCACUGUAUAUCCACACAGCUGGUCACUCCCUUCUCCCACGUCUGCCUCCUGAUGGGAUGCUAAACAAUGCUGAUAUCUGUUCAAAUAUUUCCCCCUCCCCAAUGUGAGGACCACCUAAAGAGGCCAUGCUUGACUGGAGGGAGGAGAGCACCGAGUCUGCUCUGUGCCCUGGCUCCUCAGGCUUAGGAGGGCUUAGGUGCGGAUGUCAUUUGCUCUUUCUCCCUGGUCGGAGUGGCUAGCUGCUAAUUGUGGCCCCUGGUCUGUGAGUUGAGCUUGUGUAGCUGAGGAGAAAAGGCUUGCCCAAAUUGAAAUCUGAGUAGCGUGUCUGAGAGUCGGGGUGACUUCCACUCCAUCGUGGAUUCGGUUUUAAGACACAGUCAUAAUUCCUUCGGGGCUAAUUUCAUCAUCCAGAGGAACAUUAUUUUGUCUGUUUGCUGCAGCAGACUCUAUCAUCCUUUCCUCCCAUUUCAUUCCAUUUCCCUGUUCAGUGGAUCUUCCUCGCAGUCGACCAAGACUCCAAUUGGCAAGUCCAAAGUGAAACCAAACAGCGAACCAAGGCAAAACCUAAGAACUUACUCUCAUUUAAAAUUGAAAACGGAGUUUCCAAGUGUUUUCAAACCAAUAUUUUGGGGCAUUUUUGCCUUAAUUAGAUAUUAGGAUUGAAGAGGAACUGGAAAUGUGGGGAGUAGAGAGCAGGGGCAGACAAGCAGCAAAGGUUUCGGACCACAACCACUGUGGCAAGGCCUCUGUAUACGAGACCUGCAUGAGCUUGUAUUUAUUUUUUGAUAUCUGCUUUAUAUUUCAAAGACUCAACAAAGAAUGUUGAGUCAAUGUACCAGGUCAUGAAGGACUUUGAAAGUCUCUUAAAGCCAGCUCAGAGUGAUAGAAUGAGGAGCUGUAUGGAAGUUUGGUUCCUGCUGAGCUAAAAGGUCUGAAGGAUUUAGAGUCCCAAUCGUUCUUUUUUUUUUUUCUUCAAGUGUUCUCAUUGGUCUUUAAAUUGUUAUUAUGAAGUCUUUAGCCAAAAACCGCGUUACCUGUAUCAUUUUCAAGGGCUUUUCUUUUGCAAAGCUCCAGUGACUCAUUAGCAAUUCACCUUUGAGUCACGCACAAAGACAGCGACACUUUGCACACUCCCUUUUAUGCUAGCUCGUAGCCUAACAUUGCCGGUGCAGUAGAAGUGGCAGGUAGCAUAGAAGCUAUUCAGCUCCAUGACACUAAUGGAUUUGGGGACAUGAUGGCAGUAAAUACCACAAUUAGCCUUUUUAUGAGCAUUGCAAACCGCUAAAGGACACGCUUGUUCACGAUCGUCCUCUCUACUAUUCCGAAUCUGGCCUGCAUAGCGGGGCUCCGGGAUUAGAAACUUUGUGUGUCUGAGCCUGUCGUUUGGAUCUGCCAGAGAGUCACAGGGAUUUGAAUGCAGAAAUACUCAGAAAUGCAAUUUUGCUCUUACUUUUCUCAUGUCAGAAAAACUCCAUAUGAACAUGUAGACAACAAGAAAAACGUGAUUUUCAUUGGAGUGGGCCUUUAAAGAGUCUGAAUGCCCUGCACUAGGCUCUACAGUGAGGCUCUUUAGGUGGAGAAGGAUCCAAACUCUGCUUCUGAAUGGUAAGAAGGAUCCACGUUAACUUGAGCAAGAGUUCCUUAUAGAUUUAGAGUAGCAUAAUCAGUGGGUCUUAAUAGAUAACAUGUUUGGAUUGAAUAUUUCACUGGAUUCAUGAGGACUGUCUGACCUCUGGCCAUAAUACUGCAGAUCUACUUGAUGUUUGGUACAUGAAUCAGAAUCUGGAAGGAGAUAAAUUAUUUAAAACAGCUAAAAUAACUUUGACUUUGUGACAGAAGUUUUGGAAAUCUGAUGAAUGUGUUAAUCAAACUGGACCAGGUAGACAUAUCGGUGUCUCUGAGAUCCCAAAAGGGUUGUGUCAAAGCCAAGUCUGAGUCCAAAAGCCCAACUGACCAAGGCAAAGCUACAGUCAUGGACAAAUGGUCCGAUUAUCAGCCUGCCUCAAGAACCACAGCUCUGCUUCCUCAUAUGUUUUUUUUUUUUUCUCUCACUGUCAAUCCUCCCAUCAUCUUUACUUGUUGCCCUUCAUGUUCCUAAGUGUAAAACUGUCAGCCCCUCCUCGUCUCAAUAAAGACUCUGGUUAACAUUCACUCUGUGGCGGAGUCAAACGUUUGCGCUGCCAUAACCACGUGCUGAUAUGAUUUAUUCUCUCCCCUGAGGACCCCCUCUAAUGAACAGAGAUGUAUGCUCAGCAGACCUGUACAUGUAACCUCUGUGUGCUCAGAGGACGGCAGCGCUGUAAUAUGAUAAGUGCCUUGUCGAUAGGCUGUAUGAUAUGCUAAUCAUACUAAAACACGGUGCCUCAGGCUCUCUUCUUGUUUAUUUAUGAAGGCUUGACCUGAGGGAGAGCAAUAAUCGGCUUUUCUCUGAACUCUCUAACCCUGGGAGCCAAGGGAACCGCCAAUCACACACAUCUGAGUCCUAUAAUUCCCCCACCUCGAUCCCUCUGUUCCCCCUCAACCCGGGCUGAAACGGCAGAUUUAUGCAAACAGCACUGUGUGUGCAUUUUCCAGCCCGCAUUUGUCCGGGGCACAUGUCAAGCGCUCAAAUCAUUAAACUAAUUAUUAAUUAGGACUGACGUAAACAAGUUGUCAGCAGCCUGCCGACUUGACUGUGUUCUCAGCUCAGCAAACACAACACAUUUACCAGACGUAGUGUACAUAUUACACAGCUAUCAUUUGGCCAUGAUAAUGUAUUUCUCCAAUGUGAAUCCAAUGCAGAGAAGAAAGCCAUUAGCGGUAACAAUUCUGGUACCGGUGGUUACUGUAAGGGGGCAUAAACAUUCACAACUGCAUUGAUUUUGUUGCUUUACAAACCAGUAUUUAAUCCCAAACACAGAUGAUUUUUCAUGUUACAUGCAUGCAUUAUAUAAACUGUUUUAAUGUACUUGUAUUGUAAAUGGAGUACAAUGUUUAAUGUGAAAUGGUCAUAUGCAGGGCAGAUAUCUACUGUUUGUGAUAAUAAUUGACGUGGUCAUGCUCCAAUUAUGAUUCUUAAAUGAUUAAUACAUCACAAAGCCCAGGUUUAAUAGUAUUAAUUAUUUUAAUCUCUUGACAACCAGCAUUGAUUUUUCUGAUAACAGUCCAUCUACAACCUUGUUUUCAUAAUAAAAACAAGGCAUAAACAAGCUGAAAAUCCUCAUUUGUCAACAAGAGCUCGGAAAAACAUGGUUGAUUUUUGUCAAAGAGAGGACUUACAUGCUCAUUGUUUUUUUAAAUAUGUGAUUUUUUACCCAGCAUGUGUCCUAUCUGUUCGUCUAAAAGAGAGUUUUCUUCUGAUUAUCAAAUGAAUUAUCUGAAGAGGUAACUGAAGGUUCAGUUAUGAGAGUAUCAUGGUUAAUAACGGUAAGGCCCUUUCAUAGGCUGGAGGAUGGCCUGACAAACACAAUAGCUAAUGGGAUGUCUAAGUCUUUACAGCUAACAGCACUUUUUGAAUGAAGUUGAACAGAAGGAAUGGAAACAGUCUCAUCUCUUAUGAUUGAUCAACAUAGACUUCAAAGACAAGGCCUUCAGCUUGAGAAAGGUCAUGUGAGACGAAUUCUUUUAGAUAUCCACUAACAUGUAUGCUUGCUUCAUGACAAAGUGCAUCAAAGGUUAUAUUAGAUCUUAAUACCAAUUUCUGAUCAGCUAACUUAAUCAUUUUAAAUACAGAAGAAGUUCUGGCUAAAACGAAUUAUUUUUAUAUGAUGUUAUUUUUCCUGGCUUAAAGCUCCUUUGAGGAACUUUUGUUUCAUGUAAAUUUCGGCGCCCCCUGUUGACAAAGCAGCAUUUGAUUGUUUUAUCCUCUAAUAGUUGACAUUUUACAAACAGAAGCUGCCUGUGUCUUGAACAUGUUGUACCACCAUAUUUGUCAGGUCAUAUUUAAAGCAGACAUGCUUUACCAACAAAGCUAAGACAGUUACAAACUUUAAGAACUUCCACUUACAUUUGACCACUGUAAAAGGAAAGUCCCCGCAAAUGACAUGGUUGCACAACUGUCUCAUACUUGAACUUUGGUAUGAGCUUUCUGACUGCACAUAUUUUCAGGGGAUUAAAACAACUGCAUAAAUCUGAACAGUCAUGGUGUAAGCCUCUAACAUGAACACAAAUCCAUGGUGAGGACAUGUACAAGUUCACCUAAGGCUCCCAAACCAUAUGUAAGGGUUUGGUCUGCUAUGGUUUUACAAUGUAUUGAUGGCUAACUAGCUGACACUUUUGAGCUAAUGUUAGCUUCUGGUUUCUCUUAACUAGUGGUGACAUUUUCUGUGAACUCCUGGGAGUUUUUACGGUUAACUUGGAGUGAAUUAAUGUCAAGUCUGGAUUAAGAGGGUGGUUUAUUUACUCCUGACUGCAGAUUAUUUGUUGUUACUCUCCUUGCCACAACAAUCAGUGGUGUCAUAAGAAGACUGAUAUGAAUGAAAAUAAAGAAAACUGUCAAGAAACCCAAAAGUAUGACAGUAAAGUAAAUAUUACCGAAAGUUCUGUUUUUGUAAAGCCUCUUUGAAUGACAACACUUCUUUCUCUCUCUCACUUUUUUUUUUUUUUGUGUGUGUCCCAUACAAGUAUUUCAGUGCCAAUGUUUCAACAGUUUGGAUGUUGAUACCAAUGCCAAAUGUUGUUUUCAGUGCCAAACUCUAUUCAGGUCUAAACUAAAGACAAUAAAUUAAUUAGACUGGGCCAAUAUGGGCCCUGAACUAGAAUAAACCCAGGAUAUUCAUGUGAAGAGGUUUUGUCUGCUCAUAAAACACAAGGAAAUCAACAGUAAAAGCCUCUCCAAGAACCACAAAAGCAUAUGAGACCAUCAGAAACAAGGAGACAGUUUCUACAUUUUGAAUUUCCAACCUCUAUAACUGCUUUGAGACAAGAUGGCUGAAAACCAAAGAGAACAGCUUUUUCCAACUUUUUCUACAGCAAAGAUUCACAGUGAGUGAUGUUUGGCUGUUCAAAGACAGUAGAAAAAAAGGCUCAUCAGUGCUUUACGCUCCAGUAUCUUCAUUGUGAAUAUCUAUGUAUGAUGAUGCAGGAAGCUCCUUGGUGGUAACAGGAAUGUCCAGGUUGACAUUUAGAACCACAUGAGGUAUUCUGGUGUAGCUAGUCUCAACCAUCUCAACCAGGAUAACAGCAAGAGUGUGAUCUUGACUUUGAUUGUCAGGCUAUAGACUGCCUUGUCAUGUGUAUGGCUUUAUCUGCAAACAUAAGGCUGUAAAAAGAAGUAUGCAGGUCAUUGAUGUAGUACAUUGCAUGAAUAUAUCACUUAUCAUAGUAAUUUGUUGAUGCAUUUUUCAACACCUUAGGCUCAGAGUUUCAAACCCAUUUGGAUUUCACUCUAUAUAUUCUACAUUUCUCCCCAGACUUGCCUUUUUCAUUUUCUCUAUAGCAGUACUUUUUUAUACUGUCUCAGUCUAAAAGUAUUUUUAAAAAGAGCAAAUGUGUCUCAGGGUGGGGCGUAAAUCAGAGCUCGGGCCUUGCAUCUGUGGGCUCGGGGACAAAGGUUUGUUUGUGUGCCUCAAUCACUGUUGCUCAUGAAAGCAGACACUUACUUGAAGAAAAAAAAAAAAAACUCCUUCUCUUUUUUUUUUUUCAGGGAAACACUCUAAACCAACAUCCUGGGUAUAAAUUUGCAAAAUGCAAUACAGGCCUGAUUGUGUGUUGAGUGGAUGUGGGGUGCAUACGAAUAGACCCUGUACCCCUUCCCUCUCUUUUCUCCCUCUGACUAGUGCUGCUCAGUCCCUUCACCUCCCCCUAACCCUUCUCAGUUCUCAUGCAGGACAGAUAGUAAUGACAAAGAUGUGUAAUAUUUUCUUUUUCACUGUAUUUCUCGAACUCUUCAUUUUGAUGUGACAAAAAAUCAAAUAGUGAUGAGAUUAUCCCCUUUCAUAAAGGUAAUUUCUCAGGGAAACUAUAUUGAAUACAUUCUGGCUUAUUGUUUUUUCUCCCCCUCUAGAUGUGCACCUUUUUAAAACCAAAUUUCCAACGAUUUUAGCAGUUUUGAUGUAAUCCCUCUCAAUUCUGAGUGUUUUCUAGUAAGAAAAGUAUCUAUUACCUGUAAUCUAAACCACAUUCACCUGUCAGGUCCAGAAAAAAAAAAAUCUUAUUUUAACAUAUUACACAACAAAAAAUAAAGAUCUGAAUUGCUUGUAAUGAGUAAAAAAAUAAAUCUGCUAAUGGAACAAAAAAAAAGUUACUUAGCAAGUUCUUAAAUGUAGACAUGUUCUUAUCUUGAGAAACUUCACUUUAUUUAUCUAUUUAUUUUAAACUCAUUACAAAAUAUUCAUUCUAAUUUUUGGUAUGCCAUGUUUUUGAAUAGGCCUUUUUAGGACUUGUCAGCUAAAAGUGGAUUUUUUUUUCCAGUAAAAAAUUCCUUUUUACCUAAACAAAAGAAAAACAAAAUGCCGUCCAUUUAACCACUUGAUAAAGAAAAAAAUUAAAGCCCUUUUUUGGCUGUCUUUUCCUCAUCACUUCUUUGGCAUUUGUAAAACAGUGAACUCUUGGAGUCUACAGUAUCAGGGUAAAUGCUGAGCCAGUGGGUCUGAAUGAGAGGGCUGGGAACAAGUGAAGCCUUGGCACUGACACCAGGUCAGCUCAGAGCCCCCUCACAGCCCAGCCCUCAGCACCAGGUGUUCCCUGCAUUCAAAUGAUACUCUUAUUCAUAGACUGCCCCGACUGGAGUAUUAAAACUCAAAAUUUGCAACUGAAUGCUGAUAUAAUCCUGGAAAUAUAUGUCUCCAUUAAAAAGUAGCCCAUUUAGAGGAACAAGGCGGUCUUUGUGUGAGGCUUUAUGUAUAUUUAUCAAGGCGCUAAAAGGGAGCCCGAGGUGGGGGUUAAGGAGGAGGGUUGGGGGGUGGCAGAGCAGACUUUCCAACUGUUUACAUGUUAAUUUCAAACUUAACAGCCCUUGUCCUGGAACUAUUUAGACACAGAAUGCAAAUCAUUUUUUCCCCAUUUGUUAUCCACUUUUUUUGCAGACACUUGACUGUUGAUGGAAAAAUGCAAAUCAAAGUUGUAUGGAAGGAAAUUUCACAGGGAUUCAAGUGACAGGUUGGAUUUUGUUGAGCCCGUUUCACCAACAGAAAGCGAGCGCCUUUCUGUAGUUAGAAAAGAACAGGUGUCAGUACAGUAUGACUGCUUUGCAUAAGUCAAUUUGAAUUCAAUAUAUAUUUCCCGCUGGAGGUUUCACACUUGAGAUAGAUGUUAUCUUUUUGAUUAAACCUCAGUUGGAGGAGUUAGAAGACGUUUAUUUGUCUGAUUUUUUGGCUGAUCCUGGUAAAAGUGAAGUUGUAGGAACCCUCAGAAUCCCCAACCAGUCUGCAGUCUGGGGCUGGUUAAAUCAUUUAAGAUGCUAACAGGAGAAAAUAAUGCUAGGGGAGUAUUGUUGUUUAUUUUAUCCAUUGUUUCACUUUAAAGGCAUGGAGUUUUUCCAUUCAUUUGAAACAGUCUCAGUCUACCAAAUGAUGCCUCUUCAUGACCAACAUGGUAACAUGAGAGUGUUGUUUGGCAGUUAGAAAUAAGGAAGUGAGCAAGAGGAGUCAUUUUUCUUUCUUUACAUCACUUUCUAGUUUGCAAAAAUGUACUCAAGGCUGAUACCGGAGCAGGAUUAGCAAUAAAAAAUAUAUUUUCUCCAAGUAUCAUUUAGGACAGAGACACUCAACUACCAGGGUUUCAAGUAAAGAGUAAAAUGGCUAAGAACAAACCCUGGUGUUCAUGCAGGUAUAUACAGAACAUGCUUUAAUGCUCUUUCUGCAGACCUCAUGACACCUGGGCCCCGACAGGUAACAUCAAACAUCAAGUUACUUUUUGUAAAGGUAAAAACUAGACUUUAUGAAAUUUGUUAUUAAUUAUUUUACAUUGAUACAAAUCAACAGUGACACCGUGAAGUCAAGCUACAGUCAUAGCACAAUAAGGCAUUUUAAUCAGAUUUCUGUCCUUGCUACGGUUUAUCAGAACCAGAAACCGUCUCCACUACAGGAGGUGUGUUAUGCCUCCUUUCAGCUUUUAACUGUCAGGUUACAUAUUAAAACUGUUGGCAUCAGCAAGAGGCCAUCAGGAGUACAGUUAUCGCAGAAAACAUGUCACUAUUUUAGCUCUGUCCUUCCUUGCCUGUCAAAGUUUUAUUUUUACUACCUGACUUCCUAGCAUCCAUGCAGUUCAACUUCUCAAAGCAUGAACACUGGAGCAUGCACAGAACACUUUCAGUCUGAGUGACACAGUAAGAUUUCCUAAAUCACAACAGCAAGCACCUUCCCCCGGUGCCCCACUACGCAGGCCAGACUGAGAGAAGUAGAGAGGAUGAUCACUGAACAGUGUUAGUGGAUAACAAAGCUCGUAAGAAAGCUAAUUAUGAUAUUAACUGUCAUCAUGUCCCCAAAGACAUUAGUGUAAAGAGAGCUGAAAAGCUGCUAUGUUUCUUUCUACUUCUACUACAUCUGCAAUGUUAGGCUGCAAGGUAGCGUGAAGAGGAGUGUACAGAGCAGCGCUGUCUCUGCCCGUGACUCAGAGGUGAAUAGCUACUGGAGCUCUGGAGAAGAAAAGCCCUUAAAGAUGACACAGGUAAUGUGAAUUUAGCUAAAAACCUUAAUUAAAACCAUAAUUCAGAAACCCCUGAGAACACUUUAAAUUCUGAAAAAAAAGAAAAAAAAAACAGAUCUGAGAGGGACUUAGAGGGGAAAAAAAAGCAAAACAUGGGCAGACAAAGCUACAUUACAAUAAUGUUAAACAUUUAAGAGUAUAAUGCAUUUUUACAGACAUCGGCUUGACUCAAAUUUCACUGUAAACGUUCUCAGUUUUAGUACAGCUAGGUGUGUCAGUUGUUGAAGACAGCUAGGUGGAUAACAAAGCUCAUUUUCCCGUUAACUUUUGCUAAUAUUUGAUAACCUUGCACCACACAGUUUAAUAACAAUUUUAUCAAAGUUACAUUAACAGACUUAACUGUGAAGACCCAGAAGCUUAUCACUGAAGCGGACCAUUAUAGUAACAGCCUCAGAUUAGAGCUCACAUGGACUGCUGCUAUAAAUACAGUUUACAAAGCUGACAUUGGGCGCGAAAAAUGCAUGAAUAUGAAUUAAAAAUUUUCAUAGAUAGUUCAACUUUUACAUUUUUCCCAGUGGGUAGCAGUGAACUUCAGCUACAACCAUUAAUUCAUAUAUAUCAGCAGGAAACUAAGGGUCUGAUCUACUAAAGGUUUGUGUGUUAAAAAACACGUGCAAACUUGAUAGCGCACGCAAACCUGAUCUACUAACCGGGUGCACCGAAGAUUGUGUCUGUCAAAUGAGCAAAACAACGCGCACAAUCGAUUUAGCGUGUUUGCCUUCAUGAAUACGCAGAAUGCAAUUUUUUCGUUUGCACACGCAAUUUAGCGCUCGCUAUUUUGGAUCUUAGUAGAUCAGGCCUUAAGUGUUCUGACAAAACAAAAGCCAUGAUUUUAUAACUUCAACACAAAGAAGUCAUGCUGCAAGUAUUGACCUCAAAGUAGUGUACAGGCUACUUAAAAGAUCCGUUUAAAACCCACCACGUUAGCUUAUAGCUUUAGCCAAUAAGCUAAUUAGCUUAGUUUUGGUCUAAUCUCCCAAGAAAACAAGUUAGCAAACAAGAAGAUGGGAUUAAUAUCUACCUUUCCAAACAGAUAGAUAGAUAGAUAGAUAGAUAGAUAGAUAGAUAGAUGACCUCGCACAUUUUUUAAUAGUGGGUUCUUUGUAAGUUUUACUAGAUAUGUCUUUUUAACACAGUCAUGACUUCUGAGCUGUUUUAAAUAAAAACGACAGAGAGAAAACAUGAGAAAAAGAGAUGUUUCUGUGAAAGGUGGUUGGCUGAAAUGACAUAGCAACUAGACAGGAGUCCACAAAGAAGGAAUGUGUCUAAUGAAACGCUACAAUACCCCCUCAACCCCUCCCCCUCCCUCUCUCUCUAUGAGUGAAUGAGUGAGUGUGUUUUAUGGUUAGAGUGCUUUGGCUCGACUGCAGCUUUGUUUGGACGGGUUUUGGAUGUUUGGCUCAUUACGUUGAGGUUUUGCUGAUUGUUUUUCGAGAAGGAUUUGAUUGGUUCAAAAAUGUUACCAUUAGCACUAUGCUUCAAGGGCUUUUUAUGCCCGUGUCAAUAAGUGAUGAAACAUCUUUUCAGCAGGAGUGCAUAUUUUUGGCCUUCCUUCUUUAUUUUUGAGACAUAAUAAAAGACAAGGUUCCGGAGAGUGAAUAGGACACCAAUUAAUUAUACAGUCAUUGCCAGUGUCACAAACCUUGUGAUGUGAGUUAAAUGUGUACCAGCGUGCAUUACUCUUAUGGUAAAGCUUUUGUAUGAGGGAUGAUGAAAACACUUAAUUUGAUUAGGAGCCUGAGUGUUUCUCUCAUUGCAUUACAUCCAAGUUGUAAAAGAAAGCACCUAAACUUUUCAAUUUAGUGUACACAGUGUGAUUAGCAACUGAGGAACAAGUUGUGAACCAACCUGAUAGAUAGGUAGACAAAUAUUUAAAGAGUUAUUCAGGGUCUUCUACCGCUAAAGUAGCUUUUUUCAGAGUUAUGUUUUGGUAGGUUGUUUCUGGUUCACCUCUCUCCCAUUUUACUUUUUUUUUUUUUUUACUGUGUCAGAGUGAAGGAUGAACUCAGGUCAAGUAUAUCAAAAUAGCAGUACCACAGUGUAAAAUGGCAUGCAUGCAGAUGUUGGUAAAAGUGUACAGCCGCUUUAUAUACAAAGCACUUUUUAUACAAAUGCACUAAAUGUGCAUAUGAUUUAUAAAUGUCAAAUUUGAUUGUUCAUACAAUACAUGAAUAUGCGCAUCAUUUUGUUUACAGUGGAUCAAAUAUAAAACCACUUUACCUUUCCAGCUGAAAAGCUUUGCAUUUAAUCCCAUAAUCUGGACUUUAUUGACUAUGUUUAUGAAUGAUUUUUCUGUAUCACUUAAUCUCUGCCUGCAAAAAAAAAAAAAAAAAAAAAGAAUCAUAUGCUUGAUGUCAGUUUUGUCAUAUCACAUUACAACGUUACCCACUGUAAUGUAAGGGGGUUAAAAUAUAAUUACAGAAGAUGUCAAUGUCCAAUGAAACAUCACUUUUCACUUUCCACCUUUUCAGUGUUUUAAAAUCUUAAAAGAGAGCUCUGUAAAGUUUCAUUUCUCAGCUCCUACAAACACCCCAGAUAUUCACUACAGUUUAGUGAGCGCACCAAUGACUGAAAUGAUAAAGUUAAACAUGUGUUUCUUUGCUUUAAAUGCAGAGGAGAUUCAGACUGGUUUUGUUGCUGUCUCCUUUCCAACCAUGCAUAAAUCAGUCAUCACCGCUGCCUCUGUCUCUCAGUCUGAUUAUGAUGCUAAUAUCAUCACCCUAGACAAAGAAACAAUCACAGCGGACAGAAAUGACACACGUAGCGUUCUCCCUUACAAAAGCAGGAGUGCAUAUUGUUUUAUUUCAGAUACAAGACUGUGAGGCUGAGGGGGAUGCCUACAGAGAGGUUGCUCUGGUCUGCUAACGUGAUCACCUGAAUUAUGCACAAUCCAUUGUGUUCAAAUAUCAUAAAUUGAUGCAUGAACAUACCACCCCCUGUCCAACAUGGGCUGAAAUUAGUAUUUAUGUGGCUGCAAAGCUGCAGAGAGACAAUUAGUCAUAUUUGAAUGCUGAAAUUAAUUGAGAGAGAUGUGGGAGAUAAAGAGGGAGAACAAAGACAGCUUUUUGUCACUUCUCUCCAUCUGACAGGGAUAAUUAGAUAUAUGAAAUUGAAAUUCCUCUCCAGGGGGUCCUGUUGACAACACUAUUUUGUGUUUCGUUCCUCUCCCCCUCUUAUCUUUUGUGUUCCUGUUUAUGCUAAUUUGGACCCUAUGUUUUUCCCUGACCACUAAAAGCAGCAUCUCUCCAGUCUUCUGCUUCCAUUCACUGCACAGCAGAGUGGAGCCUGUCAGACUAUUGAAGCCACCCUUACCUGCAUGACAAGAGUUUCACGAGGGGAUAAAAUAUUUCACACCAUGGCUAAAAGUGCCUUUUUUAUGAAGGCCGACAGACCUUUAAAACUAAAGAGAGCAACAAGUGUUAAAUUGAAAACAAAAAACACUCCAAGCAAUGCAGUCAAUUUAAAUAAAAGCAUAAAAUGAAUAAUUCAAAGGUGCGAUAAACUGGGCACAGCAACAGAUGUUUAGAUAAACCUGAUUUAUCAGUUGGAGAAACUUGAUUGAAAAUGUUGUUUGCUAGAAUCCAGUCUUACAGCCGACACAUUUCUAUAUCUAUCAAAGUACAUUCAUUUCACUUUAUCCCUCAAAGAAUCAAAGAAAUAUCCAAAACCUUAGAGCUCAACAAAUGGAUGAGGUCAGUCAAACAUCAAUUACUGCUCACAAAAUUGAACACGCCCCCUUUUCGUCUAUGGAAAGAGAUUGGGGUAAAAAAGAAAGUCCUUUUUCAGUCAGGGACUGGCAACAUAACAUGAGAAAAACUUUAUCUUUUAAAGGGUUACCUUGAGUCACCAAACUGGAUGAAGACCUCAUCUUGUGACCAGAGGUGUCAUCUGUUAUCUGUUUUAACAUACUUCAUGUGUAUAUUUGAAUGGUGUUACCUGACGUAAGUUAUCACUUCUAAAUGGAUUUUCAUUGUUAUGUCCAGCUCCAUACAGGGCUGCACUGUAACACAGCCCACUACAACAGGCUAGGUCUGUCACUGGAUUUUUCACAAAGCCAAGGUGGGUAAGUCACAGCGACUCCUUACUCAAAUCUCGUGUAUCUCGUUUAUGAAGUGAGUGAGUACUACACCAAAGGUACUUGCUUCAAAAUGAACAUAAAAUGUUUGCUAGACUCAUCUGUUGAAUUGCCAAAAACACAGGAGUUUCCAUUUACUUCCAGUCAAUUCAGAUCGACUGCUUUCACCAAAAAGGGGGCAGGCCUGCAACUUUAAGUCAUAGAGAAACUGAAAUGGAAAGAAUAACCCAAGAUAGUGUUCAUCAGCACCUACUGAGUACCAAGUGAGUUUUCUUUGGAGAAGAGAAGGGCUGUAGGGAAUUUUCUUUAAAUGAAUAUGAAGAGAGAGAAACAUGUCCAUAUCUCUGAUGUACAUAGACAUGUAUUUACUGGAACAUUCACACAUAUUUACCUUAGCAGACCUCUAGCUUCCAUCAUCUUGGUACCAUUAUGUGUAAUUUAUACCUGUGAUUCAGCUCGUAAAGAUUUAUACCGGUAUUAAAUGUGAUCCAUUGCUCAUCACAUAAACAGGUAGAUAACUCAAGUUGAGGUGAGCUUAGCCGCUGCUACACCCGAACAUCUCUCUCCCAUCUUUACAUAAAUCCUUUCAGGGCUUCUGGCAGCAGUUUCCUGCUCUUUCAUCUGGCUCCCUUGUGGUAGGACUAUUAGCCCGGCCUGUAUACCUGCAAGUGUUUGGGAGGCAGCUGGCUCUGGACGCUCAGUGCCUGCACGGGCCCAGGGGCUGCUGGGACCUGGGAACGCUGGCACCAAAUACCGAUGGGUAAUUAGACCUUCAUUCAAGAGCAAAUGUGGCAAGCAUUAGACACAAGGCUUUUUCCGGUUCAAUUCAUAUCUCCAUCCUGCCUUACUUCCCCUGCUCCAUCUUCACCGUUUCCUCUUUUUUUCCUCAAAAUAGACAAUUCCUAAUCUCAGGCCGGAAUCUUGAAGACAUGAGAUGUGACAAUUUAGAACAAAGAUCUUUUUUGUUGUCCUUUUGGAGAUAUCAGACGGUUCAUUAGAACAAAAUGAGACAUUUUGAAAACUAAAAAAAAAACAUUCAAAACAGCAACGAUACACACUUUUUGCUUUAACUGCUUCAGAAACAGAUUAAUUAACAUCUCAUUUUUAUCAUUAUUAUUGUUGGAUUCCUAGUUUGAGCUCCUCAAAUGGUUUAUUUCUAUAAAAUGGCAGCACUGCACUGAAAAAUUUAAAAAGAAAUCUGCCAUGAAAGACACAAGUACCAUCAUCUCUUUCAAUACACACACACACACAUUCAGCUGAAGUGCAGAAUAAUAACCUCCCCACUCUAAAACAUUCAUGAAAAUUGGUACAGUGUGCACUUCUCAACAGAGUCAGGUACACGAGUGUCUCAACAUGAUCUGAAUACAUUUUUAUGGCUCAGCUGAUCUCAUGCUUUGUGGCACUUUGUCUCUCUGAGUUGUGAGAAACAUGACAGUGGCUGUUUCUCAUGUAAGAGGAAAACUAUGAGAGGCCCCUUCUAGUUUUGUGGUGAAAGGUGACAUAACCCAUAAUUCCACUCAAACCACAGUGUGCUUUUAUCAGAUGUUCCUCUUUGAUUCUGUCAGCGUGGUUCACAUGAGACAAAACAGUCAAAAGACUGAAAUCUGGAUCAUCAAAGAAACAAGACAAUAAAGAUAUAAAAUAAAUGUGUGAUAUGUUUGGAUUGAUCAUUUAAAAAAUAGAUGUCAGAGUAUAUGUUUUUUUUCAUUUAUUCAUUUAUUUUUGCAGCAAUUUCAUUAAAAAUAUAUAUUUCUUGAAGAAUCUUACAGCAAAAUGAGAUCUGUAUGGCUAACAAGCCAGCUGGCAUUAAAAAUCACAAUAGAUCGGAACAAUCCAAUCAUGUACUUUGCCUUUAAUGGCUUUAGGAGAAAUCUGGGAAAUGGGAAAUGUAUUUUUCAGAGUCAGCAGACCUACAAAAAUAAAAUGCUUUCAAAAAGUUUGAGGAAACUGAAAGCACAGGGACUGGCAUAUCCAGACUUUCAGUCUAAAGAUCACGUGAGUUUACAGAAAUAGUUGAUCCUACAUUUCCCACAGUGCCCUUUAUUUAGGCACCACCAACAACAAAUCUGUGUAUUAUGAAUUAAACUCCCUGUUAUAUUCUCCAGCACUCGUUUGCAACAGCAUUGGGUAACUUCAAAUGUAGUUUGAAAUGGGUCGAUGCAGUUUAGAUGCAGUCUACGCUCCACUAACAUGUUAAGUGGCAGAGACAGCGCCAACAUCAGCGUCAUUUCCAACUUGAAUCUUAAACUGAGCUCUGCGUUGGUGUAAAGACUCGUGUAAAAAAAACUUGUUGUCAUGGCACAGUUUUUAAAGAAUGGAAUAACUUGGAGACGGACAAGCAAAGGUCUUAUGGACAACUGUGAGUCGUCUGCAUACACUGGUAGAUAAAAUGGAGGCCACAAGUUUUCAAUUACUAUGAAACUAUAAACUUUAAAGCUCCCCCUGCUGACUGGCUGCAUUAUGAGUUAUAAACAAUGCGUCCAAAUGGAGACCAUGAGAUUAAAAAUAGUAAAAAUAAACUGAUAUUGCUUAUUCAAUAUGCAGUUGAUGAUUCUCUGAGAUAGAUUGCAUUAAUAAAAAGUUGCUGUUAGUUUGCCAGUGGGAUAGUUGACAUAAUGGUCCAUUCUUUCACCUAAAUCUGUACAGUGCAACCCAACAAUGAAACAACAAAAAAUCACAAACCAACCACUUUGAACAUAUUUUUUUGUUGUGGACCAGCAGCCAUGAAACCAGCUUCUGAAACUCUUUGUUUUGGUUCUUUUUUUCAGCGAUAUAAAGUUAGACACACCAGGUGGGUGAUUCUUUUCACACAGCUUUGUAGUCGCAGUCAUGUGCCGACCCGCCGUCAGUUGCGCCUUUGCAUGAAAGACCAGCUGUAAGCAUCCCCUCAAGCUACUGGUAGCUAUUGUUAAUUUGCUGCUAUUAUAAUGUGAUUUAUAGUCUGUGUUUUCAAGUCUUCAUGAAGGUUUUUUUACAGACAGCACAGCUCCAGAUCCAACAGAUUGCAGUGCAGAAGAAAAAGAUCUCCAUGAAAUGGAUUUUCUUGGCGAAGGAAAAUCAGAAAGAGGGUUGGCACAUCUUUGAAAGAGUUGCGGGGCAGAAGGCUUUGAGCAUGUUAAAUACUCCAAUCAUGACGCGUAUACCUGCAUCAAGUAUUAUUCCGAUUAGAAGCAUUUGGACAUGGGCAGAGUUGUCUAAUUUUGCCAAAACAACUGCAGAAGAAGAGUUGUAUUUACGCCUGUGCUUUCAACCAACCAACAAACGCAGUAGUGGUUCACUCCAUCCAAUUCAGGAGUUUUCCCCUGUUAAAUGUUGUCACUAGAUGACACCCUUGCUUACUUAUUUGACUGUUCUGUCAGAGGUUGCACUGUGUCUGUAGAUGUGACAUCAUUACGCUGUAUGUACGCCUUGUUCUGUUACCGCAGGAGCAGACACGGCAUCUGCGGUUGUGUUUUAUACCAGAGUGUUAACCUCAAUAAAUAAGCCAAAGGCCAAAGAGUGAGGACCAAGUAAGGUUAGUUUUGCCCCAACAGAGAGUAACGAUUGGAAUAAGUGUUCACAUGGACACGUUUCGGAAUAACAAUUGGCAUAAACCACCCUACCUAAUCGGAAUACAAUUCCCAUCCGAUUGAGCCGAAUUGAAUCAUAAUCUUCCAAUCGACAUGUUGACGUGAUGCUUUUUUAUUCCGACCAGGCCUUUAUUCCGAUUAUUUGUGCCCAUGUACACACAGCUAUUGUCUUAUUAGGAUGACAGAGCCUGAGGAAAGGUUCAGGCCAAAGCUCACUAAGUAUAGUUCAGAUGACAAAUCCAACAUGCAUUUAUUUCAUGUUUUGAAACUUUGAGGGUCAAAUUAAGACAUCAAACUUAGUAACAUUACGUGUAUGUAUUAAUAAGUCUCCUCUGAGAGACAACUUAUCCAGAACUGGUGCAACAGGCCACAGCUAUCACGCCCACGCCAAGGUUACUUAGAUGACAUCAUGUGUAAUCUUUCAAACUUUGGGGAAGCCCCAUCUAAAAGAAGUUUAAGCAAACAUUUUACAACUCUCUCUACAGAAUUUAUAGGACUACUUUUGAUAUGUAAGCUAACUCUCUGGUGCUAAAACAUCGAAGUACCCUCUUGUCUCAUGGCUUCAACAUAAACACAGACAUCAUGUUUGCAUUUGUUGGUGUACCUUCGUGAGGAUCAUCUCUUUGUAAUUUCUAAAUAUAAACACACACGCUAUGCCUCUCUCUGCCAGGUCAUAGCGUAACGUCUGAGCAGAAGGAAAGUGACUAAUCAUCUAUCUGUGUGGGAUGUGCUUUCCUUGAAAGGGUCCAACAGGGUGGGACGGGAACAUCCCCAAUCGUGACAACUCCAGAUCCAUCCUGAGGAACAGGAAUUCCCACAAGCUGGAUAAACACGCAGCUUGGUGGGGGGAUGUAAGGCUUGAUAGUUACGCACUCUCAUCUUUGAACUUGGAAGUUGUCAGGAUUUGGUCAUAUCUUAAAGGAAUGCACUAUCACGUACAUUCAGUGUGUGUUACAGUUUUGAUGUAGCUAUGGCAUUAGUCCCUCUACUCCUGAGGAUUUCUGUUGGAUGAUCCCUUAGUUUGAAGCUGACUAUGCUGCAGACAUUAAGUGAACAGACUUGAAAUAUCUAUUUGGUAGCAUGAUAUGUCCCAUAAGGAUUCAAAAGAGGAAAAUGGGGUGGGGCCAGACAUUUUACAUCCUCCAGUUUUACUUCAGCUUGCAUUCAUGGAUCGUGUUUGUCACUUUUUGAUUGCUCAGGAAGGACAGAAAUAACAAUGGCCAGAGAGGACAACAUAUAGCAGCUUUUGUCCACAAAAUGGUGUCUUAAUAGAUUAAAUCAGAAACACCAAUAAACAUAGGGUUAAAAUUUACAUCUACGCAUGUGAACUUUGGUUUCCUUUUGUAUUUUUUUUGUAUUUUUGUUUCUUUACACUCUGUAUGUCUUUGUGUCUGGUGCAAAUGGCACUAACCACAUAUUUCUUUCAGCGUUACAGUAUCUCUUGUGUGUACUUUGGCGUCUAUCUCACGGCGAGUGCUCUCUAAACUUCACAUAUACACAUCAGCAUUUGUGUUUUCACAUGUAAUUACUGUGAAUCAACUCUUUGUGCAUGGCUGCGGUCAUAAAACAAGAGAGAAAGAACAUCGUUAUGCUAGUGGGGCACCUCACUAAAACGCUCCAGUGACAGAAAAUGAAAAGCAGUAAUUCCUCCGGUGAAGUGAAGUCUGACUUGUCGGAGUAAAGCACUUCCUAUCCUUUUGUUCGGAUCUCAAAGGGAAUUAUGGGGGGAGAGGGUUAGAUAUGGCUGUUAAUAAGACCACCGAGCCCUGACCAGAUGAACGUCUAAGUGAUUUAGACCAUGACAGUUGUAUUAAAGAAAGAAAACCACGUUACUUUAAUCUGGAUAUUCAUAUUUUAGACAAGAGAGGGCAUGAAAACCUGAACAUUUCUUGUUUAUAAUAAUUCAAGCAGCAGAGUUUGUUUAGUUUCUUUGAAUUUGGUUAAACUUAGAAAUUAAAAAUAAAUCAAAGUUUUGUUUCCAUCCAAUCAGGACUCACCGUCUCCUACCCGAAGAAUUUCCUUCAUCUAUAGAUAGAGGUACCUUUUAUGCAGAACUGGUGUAAUCAGCUCACAUAUUGAUAAGCAAAGAGCAAGCAAAGACCUGGGCGAGGUAAAGGGUGAGCUGUGGAGGUAAUGUUGGGAGGGGGGGUGAGUGUGCAUGGAGAUCAAUGGGCUAAUAAAACAAAUCAAUGGAAUGAAACCACAGAAAAAAGUGAAGUCAUUAAUUUGCAGAGACAGGAUGAUCCCACCAACCACAUGCAUUGAUUAGAAAUGAGGUCUGUGGAGAACCUUCAGGGGGUAUCAUAUUAGUGAAGGGAAGCAAUGGCACUGGUGGAGAGGUGUAGGGUGGGGGUGGCUUUUCUCUGAGGCUUUGCUGCUGUACUGAUGCCGAAGAAUAGGUUAACUGGUGGAUCAAUGGCCUCUUCGGCAUAACUCUGAGGAGACAGCGGCUCUGUGUUUGCUCUCUGAUGCACCGUCAACACAAUAUCUGCAGGUGUGAUGUUUUCUCUCUGCUUAUGAGCGCGGUCACAUUGAUUUUCCCUCCUAUCUUUCUCCAAGCCAAGUGUACUCAAGCAUGAUUAUGAUAUUGAAUACAUCAUAGAGUACAAAGAGGUCUGCAAAUAAGGUCAAAGGUGAGGGCUAAUGUUCCAUUUUUAUCAAUAUAAUUAUUGUUAAUCAUGAUUUGUAAUCAAUAAUAUCGGGUUGGUCCUCUUACAAGGAGCAAGAGUGUUGUUAGAGGUAAAGUGUGCAGGUUUGAUAUGUUGGGUUGAAACAAGCAUAAAUUAAAAGGGAUCAUGUUUUGUGAGUAUCUUUUUUGCAUCCACACGGUUCACUCUCCUUGAGAACAUUGAGCAAAUUUUAUGCGUAAAUGUCAUUUAUGAGAAAAUAUUUAGUCUAAUCUCCAAGCUUGUUUAUUUUUUAUCACCAAAGCCGAAGUUCUUCUACGGUCAGGGUUCAUCCGAUCUGCAGACACAGCAUAGCUUUUCUGCAGCCAUUUUCUUGAGGGGGGGUGGUUGAGGGGGAGAAAAGCAGGUGAUGUGAGAUUGACGACUUAAAUACUUCAUCAAUCAAUGCUGCAGCCAAUGUGUUGUUUGGUGAUUGGUGGAGAAUUCAGGCAAUCCAUCUUUCCUACCGGCAACUGGCAUUCAAGAUUCUCCUCAGGUUCUCCAUGCAAUGCUUUUAUUUCUUUAUUUCCAGGGUUAACCUAUGCUUCACAUAUUUGUGUGUGUGGGUGUGGGGGUGGGGGUGGGGGUCCACUCUAACCCUUCACCUGUGAUUAGAGUCUGUUUGACAUGUAUGCUGCAGCAAAAGCUGCUCAGCACACGAGCAGGCUCAGUCAAUUUACUAUCAGUACCCCACACAUAAUAAAACAUGAAACAUAAUUGAAGCUGUUAAUAUAAAUACUGUAAUUAUGUUUUAAUAAAUUCAUAGUUUAGAAAACAUGCAAUGAUGACAGUUGUUGGGUUCUGGUGGGAAAUCAGUUUUAUGCUUCAUUUUACACUGAGCCAGAAGACUGAGGUCCAAUAUAGGACAUAAGUGCAGUGAUUUACUGGAACAGGAGUUUGUAUGAUGAUAGAUGGGUUGCAGAAAAUGAGGAAACAUUUGUUUUUAGGUUGAUAUCAGAGAAGAAUCAGACCUGGCAAAAAUAUUUACACACAUUUAAAAAUGGUGAAAUAUCUAAGAGAACAAAACUAUAGUCAUUUUUUCCAUGUAAGCACUUCACAAGGUGUCACAAAUGUAGUUUCAAGUUUGUUGUUGUCAUCAUUUUGAGACUAAAUAUGUUCCUAGAAUAACUUUUCACGGUGUAUACAGCCAAAUGGCACUCAUCAGGGAUUUUUAGCAGAACAUGACAUUUUCAUGCAAUAGCAUUUAAAGCUGGAGAGUGGUGUGUGUUGGACUGACUCAGAAUAAAUUAUGUUUUUGUUCAUAGUUAUUAACAAAGUUAUUUCAGACAGUAGUUAAGCUCCAUGACUCAGAGGAAUGUCAGGCCUUGGCUGACAUGAAAAUGAAAAGCUUCUAUUCACAGUUUGUCUCAGUGUAGUGGUAUUAUUACUGAAACAUUCUUCCUCACCCGUUCAUUUCACCCUUUGCUAUGUUGAUUUUUAAUAAGUUUAAACGUCAGAAAAAGAUGUAACCUAUUUUGUAGCUGCAUGCAUGUCAAAUAUUUGCAGCAGUUUUCAGCUGGUUUAGCUGAAGCCUAUUAAUGUGAUGACAAAUGAAUGUUGCAUUGAUAACGUACAAACUGGCUUUACUAUUUUUAUCUUUACUGGCAGUUUUGGCUGCUUACUGUUUUGAGAUUUUGCCACUUUUACUUCUUACCGCAGUUCUUUCUUUCUUUUAUGGUAUGAUUACAUUCAAGAUUUUUUGGUCCUCUUUUUUUUUUUUUUUCGUAAUAUCCAGUGGGCCGUCAAGUUGUUUGUGCAAAACCAGAGAAGACAAUGCAGGGAUUUUCAUAAUGUCUAAAUUACAUCACAUUAGCAAGGUGCAUAAUGCAGUGCUGCAAGGUUAAAGCUUGAACGUUUCAACAUAUUAAGUGCAAAAGAAAAAAAAAACACGUACAGAUCAAACAGUGUACUAGCUAAACUAUACUUAAUUAUAUGUAACAUCUUGUUUUUGUUAUUUUUUAUUUUUUUAUAAUUAAUCCAGAGAUUCUUCAGCCUCAUUGUGAAUUAAGGUAUAUCAACUAGACAAUAUAUAUAUAUAUACAUAUAUAUAUAUGUAUAUACACAUAUAUAAAUACAUAUAUAUACACAUAUAUAAAUACAUAUAUAUACAUACAUACUUUCUUUUAUAUGACAAAGAUGCCCGCUAACCCUGGUCUGUAUACAUUCAUGGACUCAUUUAUGUCUCCAUCUUCAUGUGGUUAGAGUAAUAGUGAGGCCCCUGAGGUUUAGCUUAAUUAAAAUACAUCCUUUUUGUGUUCCCCUUGGAGGGGCUGAUAGAAUAACUGUGCAAUGGGGUUAGCUGUAUUUAGCUCCUUGAGGAGUUAGCCUGUGUUGUGUCAGGCAGCCACUCACAGCUAAAUCAACAAAACGCUGCAGAGAGAGAGAGAGAGACAUAGGGAGAGAGACAGCAAGGCAACAGAGGAGUGGGGAAAAAAAGGGUUGGGGUAAGUGUAGGUAUAAGUGUGGGGGAUCCCACAUCGUGUGUAAACCCUCAGCUUUUUACACUGAGCGGCGUUUUCAUGCUAAGCUCAGAGCUUGAACUGAAAUCCUCUCCCUUAUCUUUAAAUCCAAGAUGAAACACUGUCAGAUGUAGUGUGAUCCGGGGAAUUUGGUGGAUGACUGACAGACGAGGCGAAGAAAGGUAUGAGCGACUGAUGCAGAGCGGGUCGAGUGUGUGCAUGUGUGUGCAUGUGUGUGGUGGAGGAGGAGGAGGGUGGUGAGAGUGGAAGGCACUGUGAGGGGAGGAGAUUGAAUACAAUGAUUUGUCAGAGGCACAGGAGUGACUCAUGUCAGUUUGAUGCCUGGAAGGACACAGCAGAGGAUAAACCACUGAGCUGUACUGUACUUUUAACUGAAUGCAAAAAGUUUUGCACAUUCAAAAAAAGGUAAUUUCAUAAUGAAUUCAAGAAUAAAACGUCUAAGUCUUCUUUUUGAUGCAUCUUUAUGUUUAAUUUAGAAAAAUGUAUACAGUGCACGGAGGGGUUUGCAUUCUCUUACAUGGACUCUGGGAUGUGUCUAUGUCCUGCAGCCACAUGUUUUAUAUGUGUGCUGUUGGGGUGAUAUUUCGGGGGCGUGUAUGUCCCUCAUCUCUGAAUAGCUCUAAGGCACAAGCAGGAAAUGGAGUCCUGGCAUUUUGUUUUGCACCAGUGCUCCUCUUUAUUAGAGAGGAACAAAAUCGGCAUAGAAUAAUAAUUGGAAAAUUGUAAGCUUGCUUUCAUUAUAAUUAGCGAGAUCGCAGGAUGCAAUAAUCCAAUUAUUUUACUUAAAAGCAAGUUUCCUCAUCCCUCUGCAAUGUGUUGCAGGAUGUGUAACCUCAUCCCACACGGACAAACUCUCUUCAUCCCCCUCUUACAUGUAAACACCAGCAUGCUUGAGUGUGCCCAGACAGCUGAACAUACACUGACAUAUGAACACCAUUUAGGCCCAGCAGACACUCACAUAAACACACACUCACACGUACACCUCAACAACAUACAAAUAAUUGAGUAAGAUUUGCUGCUACAUUAAGUUUAAUGUGUUUGACAUUCGUGCAGGGGGGAAAUGGUAGGCAUGAUGUGGAGUAGCCGGGCCGCGGCUUUCUUCAAUCAGGGCACUGCAGGGCUUCGCUUUACAACCUCCAUGCAAACCUGGGCCCGUCAGAGCUAAUUAGCGCUGUUGCAAAUGGAUGCAGGUCAUGGCUCUCAGCGGAUUGGUCGGUGCUGAGGUCGCCAAGGGUCAAGCCUCCAGUAUGGAAUGAUAUAAACAAUCAUCUAUGGACCACAAACCAAUCAAUCCCUUUUAACACUACCCAGUUGCUGGUUGGUUGCUCCCAGGGGUCAGAGGUCAUGGUACAAAAAGACAACUGAGGAGGUUGGUUUGGGAGCUUCAUGCAUAUUCUACUGCUUAUCAAUUUAUUUAUCUUUACCAAUCAAUAUCCCUGCAAACUAUCAAAGUGAAGUAAUUAAUUCUUUAAUAUGAUCUAUGCAGGAAUUCUUUCUUUGCCUUCUGAUUAAAUAAUUUAAACUUAAUAUGUUUUUAAAAAAUAUUCAUUUUGAAGUGUUUUCUUAACAUUUAACAACAGAAGUUAUGUGAGACGCUAAAUAAGCUCUUGAUUCAUGAUUCUUUUUUAAAAAAUCGCAAUAAAUUAGAAUAAACUCUCUUAGUUUUCCACUUCAAAAUCAUACAUCAGUGUGUUUUCCUGCACGCCGAACAAAACCUCUUCAACAUCAACAUGAAGUUCUGCAAUUAGCCGAGCAGAAAAGAAAGGACAGAAAGACUGAGAGACGGGGGGAAGAUGAGGAGAAGGAGGAGGGAGGCUGGAGAGAAAGAUGGAAACCAACGCUUGAGGAAUUGAAUUACCGAGGCCUUUUCUCAUUAUCAUUUAGCCGUCUUUUAUAGCCCACCAGUAAGAGAUGAUGUUCCCAUGACCCCGCACAAUACACAGACAUAUUACUCAAUCCUGCCUCGAUGAAAUUCCUGCAAAUAAAACCUUUGUGCCGGGCAACAGCUAAUUAUUUGACAGAUUGGCCCCCUUCUGGCUCAGGUUACAGUGUGGAGUGGCCAUGUUUUAGACCCCCACACCAAACCCACACCACCAGCACUCCCCCCACCCCCCCAGCCCCAGUGCAAAGAGGGGCCACUUUGAGAAAAUCCCAGAGGGCCUCAUUCUUUUCAGGAGAUUAUAUAUUUCAGCCCCCCCUCCCUCCUCCUCCUCACCCUUCCUCCUCGUCCAAGCAUCUAUCCAUCCAAAAUCAGGGGAGCGUGGUGUAUAUGUGUGUGUGCAUGUGUGUCUACAGGGGGGGGUCCUGUGUGUUAGUGACAGCAGUCAUUUCAUAGUUUAAAGGGAGUUCUCAAGCAGAAAUAUUUAAUCUUCCCACGCAAUAAAAGUUGGAUGGUGUAAGAGUGGUGCAGAGAGAGAAAGACAAGGAGAGGGAGAAGAUUGAAAACAAACACGUCAGAUAUGCUGUGCUCCUCUGUAUUGACGUUUCCCCAAAGAACUACCUUUACAUGCAGUGUAUUUUUUACGUAAUGCCAAAGAAGAGACUCAGGGACAUUAACGGAUUAGAGCUUUGGGUGGGCAUGCCUUUGGCUGAGAUUCAGUCCACUAAUAACAAGAGCUUGUCAUUAGUGCUCGGACAUGGACCACCAAGAUAAAUGCCAACACAUGUUUGAAUUAUCUGGAGAGUAAUGGCAUUUUCCUUCAGCCCUUUCCCUCCCCAUAAAAAUCCUAGUUGACUGACUAUGUGGACAUUUUGACUUAUUAGUGCAGGUUUAAUCUGUUGCUUAUUUUGCAGCUGUGCAGGUGGUAUAAUUCAUGAAGAAAUAGGUGUUAGGAGAGGGUGAAACUAAACAACUAAUUGAAAUAAUGGAGAGGAACUUGACAGAAGAACAAUGGACUUUGACUAAUGUGCUUUUAGAGCCUCAGCGUAAGUUAAAUAACAGUCAGUUACGUUGGACUUUCUAUGGAUCGUUAUAUAUUAAUCCUACUAUAUAAAUUUGUCAGAAAAUGUCUGCUUUCUACAAUCCCAGAAGUUGGGAUGAUACAUAAGUGACAAUAUGUUGGAACCAUAGACUGUACUAUGGACAAGUCGAGAUUCACUAUGAUGCAAUGGCUUAAACAGCGUAUCCCCCGGGUGAGCUACGCAAUCUUUACAUGCCUAUUGGUUGUAUCAAGUGUCAAUCAUAGAAAACAUGAACCCCCUAAUACUUGAAAAAAAAUGGAGCUGUACAGAAAAAGAGGACUUGAGCACAAACCAGUCUUACAGUAACUACAUGUCAAUAUUACAACCACAGGGGAGAGACAUUUAUAUUCUGUGUAAUUGAUUUCUAAAGUUUGUCCACAGCUUCAUAGGGAUUGCUGGAGGAGGCGGGAUUUAUGACCUAUACUGCAGCCCGUCACCAGAGGGUGCUGUUCUCGUGGUGGCUUCACCCAAAAAGGAGGCAGACAAUGUCUUUGGUUGGAACCAAGAAAUGUGAUUGAAAGUUUUAAAAAGAAGUUGUAACAGCAUAUCUUUCUAAAUUAUUCUCUUGUUUGGAAAUUUGGAAGACCCAUUUCUGGAGUUUUGAAAGCAACAUGUUGUCCUAUUCUUGGUUGGAAAAGGAUUUCAGGCGCUCAAGAGUCAGAGUCCUUUUUUGUAGAUAACGUAUCAGAUACUUUUGUGUUUUUUUAAUGCUUUUGUUUUCUGGACUGCAGGCAGACCUGUUUAGCACCCACAUUUGUUUAUCCUGUAAGUGUUGUUCAGCAUUAAUGGUAUCUUCCCAGAUGUGUUGCUUACCGUGUCAAAGACACCCUCACAGAUGCUAGAUUUUGAACUGCGCACUGCUAACAAGCUAGGUGGUUCCUCUUUUCUCUAGAGUUGAAGCCUCCAUGAUUUCAAAAAGAGUGAAAAUUGGUCAGACUGCAGGGCAGGUGUUCUCUUUGCCUCUUGAAAGGCUCUGGCCUAGUCACCUGCAUUUCUGGGAUGGGUUUUUAUUUUCUCUGUGCAUGGUACAGAUUUGGCGUAUGCACAUUUGUAGAUAUAGCAACAACAGAUAAUGAUUUUUGGUUGAGAUUUUGGGCCUAUGCUGUGUUUUCCACCAGAAUCAUGUCUGGUUUUAAUGGAGUGUUGCCUGGGGGCCCUAAGAUCUUGGCCAUCAAUGUGUUGUUUUUUUUUUUUUAGCCUUGGCCCUUUUGUAGAAAGAUUUACCUAAAUCUUUUAAUAACGUCAUGGAUUGUAAACGGUAAAAUCCCCCAAUCCUUGCUGAGGAACAUUAUUCUGAAUUUGUUGAAGUAUUUGCUCACACAGACUGUCACAGAAUAAUGACCUUCCUUACACCUUUACUUCAGAUAACACAGCCUUUCUGGACUGCUCUGUACAAACCCAGUCACGUUUUAAUAGUUUAUCACUUUCCCGUUUCAUUGUCACUAUCCAAACUUUUCUGAAGUGUGUUGCUAAGCAUACAUUUUUAAUAAAAUAGACCUGUUGUCUUUGCACUUUCUUCAAUUAAAUAUGUUUUAUAUGAUUCACAAACAUGAUCAACCUUUUUCUGAAAUUGAGGUUGUAUAUACCAAUAAACAGUAUAUCGGUAUAAUAUUGACUAAGACUCCAUUUGUAGCUUCCUUUUUUUAGAAACUGAUUACUUUUCAUUUAUAUAUUUAUUUAUUUGUGGUCCUGACAAGCUGGUCAAACUAAAACUAAAACUAAAAGUAUUUAUUGAUAGUUUGAGUCCUGGCAGAACCCACUGUAAAAACCACAAACCUUUUGCUUGUAACCAAAGGGAACUAAAAGAAGGAACUGUAACUGGUUGGUGUGUGAGGCGUUUCUGCAACAGCGAUAUUGAAAAUCAUCAUAGCUUUCUAUAAUUAAGGGAAUAGUAUCUUAUGAUGGGGAUAUAAAAAAAGUGAAAGAAGAAGUUGAUUUACUGUAAAGACAAUGCACAGGACAAAAUGUGUCACGCAUGGCAAUUCUCAUCACAAAAAAGAAAGAAUCUGUGAAUUUUGUUUUCCUACCAAAUCAUUGCAAAAGCACAUGUUCUUCUUUCAGAGCAGUGAGAACUGUUCAGUGUUCGGUUUUGGUUUGUCUUAAAACAUGCAUAAGAUAUUUUUAAUAGCUAACAUUUACAGGAAGUGACUAAACAACUUAAUGCAAUCCAGCACAUUAACAAAUGGUUGCCCUGCUCUUGUGUGCAUAUGCAUGGAUUGUCUGAUGGCCCUCUGCAGGUAUGAAAAAAUACUGCCACCUGUUCCCCUUUUAGAUUAGAAAACUUAGAGAGAAAUUGUCUUGAUAAAAAAGUUACCUAUUUAGUCUUUGUAGUUUUACUCUACCUACUGUGUGUCUGCAGCCGCCACUUGCCUACCAGGCUCUGGUUGCAUAUCUGGGAUGCACGGCUACUGUGUUCACCUGGCAUGAACCCAAGCGAGCAGAGCCUGGAGUAUUCAUUGCUCAACCUGGGUGAAGGUCAUAGAAAGCAACUCUCUCCCUGCUCCACUCCCCAAUGAGCAAACAUAUGGUCAUGGAGCACCUUGAACAUGUUUGGGUGACCACAACUACUUGGCCUGAGCUGCUGUAGUAAAAGAGACAGAGGCGCUGAAGGAGGUUUAGGCUAACCUUGCUAAAGCAGAACAAGGAUAAGGAGGGAGAAGUAGGCUGCAAACCACAGAGAUCAUCACUCACUAGUUGCACACACAGGAAAACCCAUGUGAAGUCCAAAAAAGUGGCUGAGAAAAGCUGCAGACUUCUCAGCUCGCCUCUUCUCUUGUUUCUGUUGAUAUAAAUGUGUGUAAUCAUAAGGUACAAUAUCAUCACCCCCUUGUUCAAACAGCCAAACCUCGUCUAAUCGCUUCCAUGUUUCCUCAGUGUUAAGCUCAUUAGUGGGUGACCUAAAGGCAUGCAGGGAAAAAAAAAAAGGCAAAAAAAAAUCUUUGGAUAAUGGAUGCUUGCUGUUUUGAGACAGUAAAAAUAAACAGGUCUGCGGCUUUGAUAAUGAAUAUGCUGUAAACAUCAGCCCAGAGUGUGAGUAUAUCACAAACGUCCAGCUAAUAACCCCUCUGUGUGUAUGUGCAUUUUUAUAUGCGGGUGUACGCCUGUGUGUCAUUGUGGGUAUUUGUCUUUGGGCCGGCUGAGGGACGAAGGUGACGGGGUCGGUGCUGAAGAUGAUGACUCGCCGUCAGACUUUGUGAAUGGGACGUGUGAGUGUCUCUAGUGUCUGAGUGUCUGGCCCAGGUGGCGACUAGAAGGCCGACUUCAUUAGCCUUAAAGAGGAAACAAAGGAAGAUGCAUCGUAAAAAAGUGCCAUCCCUCAUCUGUGAGGCCACCGCCUGACACAUUAGGAAUCUGUAUGCUCAAUUAACCACUGGCAGGCUCAUUUUUCCUCUCUCUCUCUCUCUUUCUCUCUCUCUCCAUCUCUCUCCCACUCUCUCUCUCCCGCACUCUUGAUCAAACAGAGCAAUCACGCUGGAUUGAAGCAAGACUUAAUACACGGCAUGCGUAGGAAGCUGCAAACAUUUUAGUAGUGCUUGAUCUGCAGAAAGUUGCAGUUUGAACUUGCAGGUUUUUACAUGUGGACCACUGUGGAGGGUGGUUGUCAAUCGAGCAGCUGCAGAAUCAGCCCUGUUUUUACUGUCCCUACACAAAAUAUUCACCAUAAAUCAAACAUUUGAGCACCAAAACUCAACAGAAUGACAUUAUUUUGUUAAAACAAGAGAAGCAUAGACUGCCACGUCCACAGGGGGCACCAAAGUUUACACAAACCUUAAGUUUCCCACAAGAGCUUUAAUUUACUUCUGUUCCUAUUUGAACGAAGAAAAGCUUGAUUACUUUGAAUAAUCUCUUAAAACUACCUCCAUAUUCAUUUACAGAGAGAAGAGGAUAAUCAAGCACCCUGGAAGAAAAGGACACUGCUCAACGAAGACAGACCAAUCUCAAAGUCCAUCACGUGAGUGCUUUUAGUAAAAGUUUUUAUUCAAACCAAUAAUUUAAUUUAAAUUUAAUUGAAAAGGUGUGUAACAAUAAAGUCAUCUUAUUGGCCCAAGACAACAGCUUUCUUAUUUACAGUAGUACAGGUUUCCUGUUCUUUUGUAAGCUUCCUCCAUGUAAAUACAAAUGUUUCCCAAAAGUCCAACAUCCAGAAAUUGUCCCUCCUUUUCAAAAUCAAAGAACUACAUUACCCACAGUGCAAUCUGGUGAUCAGAUUAUGCAGAGGUCAGUCCGCAUAUUCUACCUAAGGGUCUGAAUCUCACCUAAAGAAGACAAUCUAAUUAGUUUUUAAUCCUUGAUGGCGAUGACUAUUCAAGAACAAUUAUGGUUCAAUUGUAGUUUGAUUUGGCAGACCCUCCAGGACCUGUCAAUCUCUAAAAUGGUCGUUUUAUCCAGCGUAGUGUGUCAUACUGAACUAUAAUCAAGGCCACAUCUGGGAAACCUCCUGACAAAAAAGUCUAGUGUGUCUGAUUCUCCCUCUACAAUGUGCUGUGUCUCAUCAAUGGCGUUGACCGAUGAGCGCACAGCACUCAAACGAGCUAAAGAAGACAAGUAAAGCUGGCUCAGCAAGAUGAAGCCAUGACAGAGGAAACGUUUGUCAAGCUCUGGCAGAAACAUCCCUGCCAAAAUGUCCAGGGACUGUGACGGGCUUCAAAAGAGAAAUUUGGUGGAAAAAACAGGUGAACUUCAGUCACCUGGUGAGUAGCUUACAAUAGCAUAAAGCUAUCUAGUUAUCAUUGUGCUUGAAUAGACAAACAAAUGCAAUAUAAACACUCAGCUGAUGGUUACAUGUAGCCAAAGGAAAAUCAGUCCCACUAUUGGAAAAUGACUCUUACGUUAUUGUGAGAUAAUGCUGGGAAGCUCCAUCCACUUUAGUGCACCAUUUAGAGAGUGAAGUCAGGACACACCGCUCUAGUUAACCCUUUGUAUUUUCUUCAGCAACAUAAGAGCCAUUUCACAGAACUCAUUUUACAUGGAUGUGGUAUUUACAAAAAAAGUGGACAGAAAGCAAGACAUUGAAAACAGACAUAAACAGUAUACUAGCUUCAGCAACGCAUCAUGUAGGUAUGCCAACCCGUCAAAGUACAAACAAACCCAAUGCUAAUCACGUGCAAUACUCAGCUGGACACACACACACAUUCAACAAACACAUAGUUGACAUCACUUACUUCUUCACGAACGCACAAUCAAAUUGAAAAGAUGACUUGGUAUUGAUCGCUGAAUUUAGUGGUAUCUCUGUAAUCUCCCAAGGCUUUUAGGACCCCGAAACUGCCCUAUGCCUAAGCAAAAAUAGGUUAAAUCCUAAGGAACCCAGGCUGUCCGAACAGGUGCCUGAACAAAACUUAUUUAAAAUGGUUUCACACAUAGAAAAAACAUAGGACCUGCCCUUCUUAUCUCAUCUUAUCUUUAGCUUAGCCCCUCUGAUUGAUCAGGUACAUGUACGUCUGUCAGUCAAAUCUGUCAUUCAGCCCUUGCAAAUGUACCAUUUUUCGAUGCAAUAAUCUCAAAUUAUGAAAAAAAGAAAAAAAAAAGAAAAAUUAGUAUCAGAUAUUUGACUUUUUUUUUUUUUAACAGGGUGGCUACCUGAUGAAUCGUAACCUCCCAUGAACCUUCCAUGAAAAUGACGGAGUGGCGUAAGAACCCGGCUUAGGUGAGGUUUUGGGUUGUGUGUUAAAGUGUGUGUGUUUGUGAGUCAGUGUGUGUGUGUGUGUGUGUGUGGUGUGUGGGGUGGGGGGUGGGGUCACUGUGAUACGCAUCAGCCUUUGAUUAACGAGGUGAGCUAGGAGCUCUUUAAAAUCACAGGGGUCACGGCUUAGGAGGCCUCCAUCCAACACCUCGCCACACUUCACAGGACUAACUUCUUUUUAUCAUCGGACACGCCCACCUUUCUCUCUCUUUCUCUGUCUUCUGUUCCUCCUCUACCUCAACCCCCUCCCCUUCAAGCCGAUCUUUUGAGGUCUAUCAGAGAGAUGAAAAAUGGCGUGCAGCUGGCCAAGUACUUCCUUCCUCUUGUCAGGUCAACAGUUCACUGUGCUGAUAGAGACCCUCACACCUCCAUUAAUAAGAACUCCCCCUGCGCUCACACAGGUCGCUUUGCUGCAUCGCUGGAUGCACAUCACUCCUACCUUUGUCUGGAUCUCCUCUCUAUCAUUAGACUCCCACAUAUGCAGUGCAUCAGUGAAUAUUGAGAUGAUGACCAAGGGCAGCUGAAUUCAAACUGAAUGAGUUUUGUCAUUGUGAGCCUGAAAAUUAAAAAUACAUUGCUUCAAGGUGUUGAAUCUGAAAUGUGUCUGUCAUUUCCUUACAGUUUUAACUGUUUAUUAUGUAAAACUUGUGUUGAAGCACUCCUCCUCCUUUUUCAAAAACAAUGCUUAAUUGGCUUUUUUCAGGUUUCAAACAACAAACCAAAACUAUAUCAAAGAUUUCAAAACAGUUAGGACACUGUAUUAAAAAGAAAGGAUGUCAAAUUUAGACUGUUAGGUCACGGUACAGUUUUCCACGUUACCUAAGUCCAUCUUAAAAGGGUCCAGGCCCACAGAAGUUGCCAGAAUUUUAUUGGAUCAUGUCUGGUUUCCACUUUGUGAGGUAAAGUUUUAUCCUGCAUUUGUAGAUGUAGCAAUAAAUUGAGUCACGGACAAUGGUUUUUGGAAGGGACUUCGAGCCCAUGCAGUAAUUUCCACUACAGAGUCAUGUCUGUUUUUAAUAAAAGUGUCACACAGUGGCUUGACAUCGCCCAAUUUUUAUCCUGAAAUAUUUGAUUGUAUAUACUUUUUAAUUAUUUUUUUCAGAGGGGUCAUCCUCUUUGCAAUUCCUUCACUUUCUUGGCUUUUAUUUCACAGGAUUAAACAGUGGACAUAACAGGGAGUCAAGAGAACAACCAGAAGGUGAAACACACAAGUGCAGGAGGUGUGAGAAAGCAUUACAUCCAUGUUUUGCUGUUACACAUAUAUGGCUGGACACACAUUUAAAACAAAUGAUAUUUUUCAUUAAGCAAUAUUUUUGUGUUUCAACAGUCUAUUAGAUGUCUUGCACUUUUUGUUAUAUAAAAAACUGGUUUAAAACAAGUUUUGAACAUUUUGCAAAGUGUUUGAGAUUUUUUUGUUUGUUUGUUUUUUUACUUCUUGUCCCAACUUGGGACAAGGAAUUGGGAAUGUAUCCUAGUAGUUUUUACCCCAAAGAAAACGUUUAGCAACACGCUAAAGACUGUGAAAGAAGAGAAUAAAGUAUAAACAAUGAACAUAUUUAUGGUUUUUGAAAUCUUUGUGGAGAACUGUGAGCAGCAUUUUCUUAACUCCUCGCUUAAGUUGGUUUACAACCCAGUGGCCGCUGAUGGGACAUGUAGACUUUAGAAAAGGGAAACAUCAGAAACAAAAUGAAUAUUUUCAAACAACAUCAAUCCAACUUUGUUUUAAACUGUUGUAUGUAUUUAUCGGCUGUGUAUGGCAGACUAGAUUGACAGCAGGGGCCAGCCGGUCAGAUUUUGAGUACCUUCUAAAAAAAAAAAGGUGCUAAUCAUAAUGCUGAGCUAGCCUCGUUGAGCUGCUAAUUACCUCCAUUAUGAAGAUGCAGAGUGCCUGAUCAGAGGCGCCCCAGUGUAUACGUGUGUGUGGUUGUUUGUGUGUGUGUGUGCAUGUGUGUGUGUGUGUGUGUGUGUGUGUGCUAGUCUGUGCCGAUUAAGUGGAGGAUUAGCCGUCCAUCCUGAGGAAGGAGGCAACCGGGGGGGGGCACAAGGAGAGACAUGAGAAGGGGAGAGGCAGUGGGUGAGUGGGUGUCCCCCUCCUGCAGACGAGCCCUGACCUUCUCAUUUCAUCCUCAUUAGUAUCUCAUGUCAACAGAGCAGCCACUCCUUAAUCAUCUGCUAUCAUCCCAGGCCUGCACACACACACACACACACACACACACACACACACACACACACACACACACACACACACACACACACACACACACACACACACACACAGAUAAACAUAAACAUGCAAGACGGAUAAUUUUGCAGAGAGGGACAGACAUUUUUUUUACAACUUUCCAUAGUUUUAAGUUUUUUUUACGUUGAAGUUUAUGAUAUUUUUAAUAACCAGAUCAUUUUUAAGAACCUCACUCCUGAAGUUCAGCCCAAAACUCCAUAAAGAGUGAGCAAAAAAACUCAGUCCGUUAUCAUUUUUUUAAUUGUUACCAAGUGCGAGCUACCUAAUCUGGUGUUGUGUUAGUUUGACUGGGCUUUUUGGUAUCCUGCGGUGGACAGCAGCAUGCCGGUGUGGCAGAGGGUGGGCUCGUCUGUCUGUGUCGGCCACGGUGCCACAGAGGCCCCAGCAGGGUCGGGGGGAGCGGGGGCUCAGGGUGCCAGCACAAAUGAGCUCCAUUCAUUUCCCCACUUCGGCAUAUGGUGGCCCAUUGUCCUCGGCCACAGAGGCAGAAGUGAUGCAAUUUGUUGGCAUGUCCUGUCAUUUCACAAACUGCCCAUCCCACUGAGGCCUGCACCAGCAGAAGACAAGCAAGGGCAGCUUGUUGUUUCACUGCACAGCAACAUGCAAACACAUGAAUGGAAGAAGAAAGACAAGAAAAACAGGAUCAAUCAGAGUAAAUCUUCUGGAAGAUUAUGAUAUACAGUAUCUGUGUUAAUCCCUGUUGUUUUUCAGGUUAUGACAAACGAUAAUCCUUAUUUACAGAUAAGAUAGAGACUGAUCUCAGCUUUAAGGCAUGACAUAGCCUCCUUAUUUGCGACACCGGCUUCCACAAAACAACUCUCCGAAUGACUACAAAAUGCAUGUCUAAAAAUAAAGUCACAAUAAAUGGAGGAAAAAUAAAGAGUGAAACUUCAGAUUUAUGAGUGAUAGUGAACUGGGCAGAACACCCUGGUCUGUUCCUGGUUUCACUUUGCCAAGCAUGAAGCUACUGUCUGACAGGAGAGAGGAAGGAGUCUUGUUUAACUUCCUGAAAAAAGCAAACUUUUGACAUGAGCUGCACAAUAUAAGCAAUGCAGCAGCAGACAGAAAGAAGUGUCUAGACAUGACUGCAUUUAGGUCAGACAGAGGAAAACAUAUGAUCACACAGUCAUGCACAGGACGAUGCUAGUGCAUGGUGUUGACAGGCGUUUGAACUGCAGGGUCAAAUGUCACUGAACCCAUUUCACACUCACAUUUGUGCACAUGUGUGUAUGUGUGUGGUACCGUAUCCUCGCUUCACGGCGUGGUUUCACUCAAUACUGGCCGUGUCAGUUGGAGGUUUUGUGUUCAUUGUCUGCACAGCGGGCAACCAUUCGCGUGCAAGCCCUCACGGCGUGUGACGGGGAACGCUGGCUUUCCACUGAGCUCCCAAGCAGAAAUCAACAGAGUGGUGCACCUUCAGACAGAAGUCAACUUCACUGCAACCACCCUGAAGAUUGAUGACAAUGGUCCUGGUUUCAGUGGGAGUAAGAAACAAGAGGCCCUCAGAGACUCAUUACACCCCAGCAAGCUUAGGAGAAUAGAGUGACACUGCUCCUGAUUACCAGAUUCAUCAUUUGUAUUGGUCUGGGAUGCUCUUUGACAAAUGUCAGCUGGAGAACUGUACCAAAAAUAGUGAUGAGGUGGUUGUCCUGUGCGGCUAAGAAAUCCAAAGAAAGAAGAGUUCUUGCAACACACAUGAAGAAUGCAAAAACAAGCAGAUAAUCCAUCUCUGUCCCACACACAAACAUUUAACCUCUCUAACUCUGGUCCAUCUAAUACCCCAAUCAUAUAUCUGUGACCUCAAUCCUGGCCACACGUCCCCCUCUUGUUUUUCCAGCUACCACGCUGCUAUAACUAAGAUCCCUCUCCAGGCCUAUCCUUAACCCCAUUUGUACCCUCCACCCCCGCCAACCCCCAAACCUGUCAGGGACCGGCUUCCCAUGUCCAUCACUGGCUGAUGGAUGGGGUGGAAGGUCGUCACCCCACUCUCAACAGCUCACUGAUCCCAUCAGCCAUGCAGACACCUCCAAAUCAUAG